CAACUUUAAAAAACUCUCGUGGGGAGAAAUCACCAAUAUUGCGGUCCCCUACGAUCUGGGCUCUGUCAUGCAUUACAGUGGAGAGCAAUUUGGAAAGUUGACAGCUAGGGAUGAAAGCGAGUUGACCAUCCGUACCAAUAAACCCUUGCUUCAACACACCAUUGGUCAGCGGGAAGAGUUGUCGUUUUUUGACGUGAAACUGGCGAAUCUUGCAUACUGCAAUGAUACCUGCUCCCCUGACCAGCUAAACGGUACCUGUCUGUAUGAAGGCUACCAGGAUCCAAAGAACUGCUCCCGAUGCAGGUGUCCAGACGGCCUGGGAGGGGACUUCUGUGAUACGGUCGCCACGUCAGCAAACUGCGGUGGAAUUAUUGAGCUACAAACGGAUGAAACUAAACGAGUUGCUUCCCCUGCGUAUCCGUCUUACUACAGACCGGGAGUGAAAUGUUACUGGCUUAUAAAGUCCCCAAAAGGUUCAGUCAUCAAGCUGAGGUUUGUGGCGCCAUAUAUACAGAGUGAUACCUGUUCUCAAUCAAACCCCUUCACACCCUGUGAUGACUUCUUAGAAGUCAGAACCUCUGACAAUCUAGGGCUUACUGGAGGUCGAUUUUGUUGCAAUGACACAUCACAGACAAAGCUCAUGCAGUUCCCAGUGGUCUCAGACGCCAAUCAUAUACUGUUGCUGUUCAAAACCGUCUAUGGAGUCACAAGAGGGUUUCAAGUCGAUAUCUCCUCUGAAAGCUGUGGUGGCUGUGAGGAUACUGUCACAGAGAAACAGUACCGUUGUAAGCGGCAGGUGAAACGGCCGUGUGAGCAGACAUGGUCAACAGUAGAAGUUGUUCCGUCCUGUGUCAAUCCAUACACAGGAUGUACCAGGGAAAAAACUGUUUUUCAUUCAAGGACGUCUGAGUGUUUAAAGUCGGAAUCCUAUUGUUGCGAUGGUUUUACCAAAGAAUUAAACCAACCGUUUUGUACCAAGGACGCCGUAUCUCGUAUUGAUCCUAUUAUAUCCUCAUCGAUUACGACGGAGGAAGCUAGCACAACUGGGCCACAAGGAUGGAAUACUUGGUCUGAUUGGUCCUCGUGUUCAGUUUCAUGUGGUGGCUGUGGCCAACAAUCAAGAAAUAGAACAUGCCUUGAGGGGCAGACGUGCAGCGGUGCUAAUACCGAGACACAGCCAUGCGGAACUACACCAUGUGACACGGGGAACACUCAACAGACCUGCUCUUCCACAAAAACUGUAUCAAUAUCCUGCAUGUUCGUUGGUACAUGUUAUAAAUUGGUAACUGAGUACUACAGCCAGCCAUCAAAGUGCUGUUGCGGAUUUGAAGUUGCGAACAGUCUUUGUGUGGUCAAACAACGGAGAUAAAUCUGAUUGUCGAU